CAAUAACAUACAAACGCUACCUCCUUAGUGUGACCGUUCGCUGUGCUGCUCGCCACUUUAACACGACCAGUUCCAAAAUAUCGUGAGAUUUGCGAAAAACUACAAUAAAAUGGUCGGUUGGAGCCGUUUGCUGUCGCCGGCGGUGAAGUUCGCCAACUACCGUGCUGUCUUACAGGAUCCCGCCUGCCGAAAUGCCCUGCAGCAACAGCUGCGCAGGAUGGGAGGCGAUCAUGGCCACCACCACAUGACCAUCAAGCCCUCCCGCUUCCAGUGGGACAAGUUCAAGGAUCUGAUGCACUUUUACGUAAUGCUCGGCGUGAUUCCAGUCACUGCUUUGAUCCUGUACUCAAACAUCUUCAUCGGCCCGGCGAAGCUGUCGGAGAUCCCCGAGGGUUACGAGCCCAAGCACUGGGAGUACGAGAAGCACCCCAUCUCGCGCUUCAUUUCCCGCUACAUGUUGAACUCUGAGCAGCAGAACUAUGAAAAAUCCCUGCACUACCUCUUCGAGGAGAACGAAAAAGCCCAGAUUCGUCUUCUUGAGGAUGAAGUUCGCCGCAAGAUGUCCGAGCGCAACGACUACCAGGCCUACUACUACCGUCCUUCGGUGGCCAAGUACCACAGGGUCUCCAAAGAGGCUGCUGAAGAACUGGAAGCUCUGCGUGGAGACAACUAGUUUUGUAAUAUUCUUUAAAUACAAUUGUUAGGCUCCCGUUCUGGGGGAAAUAAAGUGUGAAACGAAUUCGCAAUAUCAGCUUA